AUGGUCAUUAGCGAAUCUGCAGAUUUCAUCAGUCAGAUCCAGGCAACUGUGGCUCCACUUGGAGGCAAGGCCGUAUUUACUUGUCGUGUGGAUGGAAGGCCACCACCUAAAGUCACCUGGUUCCGUAACGGCCUGGAAAUAAAGCCAGAGAGUUCUGGCAACAAAGUGCGUAUCUCUCCUCCUGAUCCAAACACGGGGCUGGCUAAACUCGAGCUUUCUGACAUCGGUGAACAAGAUGGCGGCACAAUUGUAUGCGAGGUUGCCAACCAGGCAGGAAAGAAGCAGUGCUCUGCAGAGCUGGAAGUCUUGAACGCACCAAAGUUCCUCGGUGGAGUACAUGAUCAGCAGGCCAAUGAAGGUGACCUGGUGAAAUUUAAAGUUCCUUACUCCGGAAAAGGUCAUAUCACGCUCAAGUUGAAAUGCAACGGCCAAGAUGUUCCAGAGUCAGCCAAUGUGAAAUUAGUGGACUUGGAUGGAGUCGCGGCAGUGCAACUAAAAGACAUAACGCGUGAUCGGUCCGGGAAAUACACUUUGAUUAUUGAAAAUGAGAGCGGCGCAUCUGUAGUACCUUUUGAUCUCAAAGUACUCUCCCCACCAGGUCAAUGUCAGGGCCCACUUUCCGCCUCAGAAACGACACCAUUCAGUACACGGCUAACUUGGAAACCUCCACGUGACGACGGGGGUGCCAAGGUCAGCCAUUACACGGUAGAACGCUGCGAAUUGGGCAAAGACCGCUGGGUUCCCGUGGCCUCUGGCUGUCGCGAACCGACAUGUGAGUUGCAGGGUCUCCAGGAGAAUCACCAGUACAAGUUCCGUGUAGCAGCUUUAAAUGAGUCCGGUCAGGGGGAUUGGAUCGAGCUUACAGAGCCGUUGACUGCGAAAUAUCCCUUCGGUAGGCAUACAAAUUCUUCAAUUGGUCAUAACUUAUUUCAGAGUUUUGUCACAAAAUAUGUACUUAUGUUGUAA